AUGUCGGACGAAAAGCCCCACGACCACCAGCUCGAGCACGCGAUCUCAAACCACGACAUCAAAAACCCUGACGUCCUCGAGAUCGAGGCCAAGGAGGCGCUGGCCACCGAGCAUGCUCUCACCACUGCCCAGGCCGUCCGGGCUUAUCCGAUGGCCAUUUUCUGGUGUUUGAUGGUUUCCAUGUGUGUCAUCAUGGAAGGCUACGACACCAUCCUUAUCGGAAACUUCUACGCCUACCCGGCCUUUGCCAAAAAGUACGGCCAGUACAUCGACGAGUCGGGACAGCACCAGCUCUCUGCAGCUUGGCAGGCCGGUCUCGGUAACAGCUCCGGCGUGGGCUGCUUCUUCGGCGUCCUCAUCAACGGAUUCCUGGUUAACAAGUUUGGUCAGAAGCGCGUGUUGCUGGCCUCGCUCGUCGUCCUCAGCUGCUUCCUCUUCAUCGUCUUCUUCGCCCCCAACAUUGGCGUUCUCGCCGCCGGUGAGCUGCUCUGCGGUUUGCCGUGGGGUGUGUUUGCUUCGUCGGCCCCCGCCUACGCGUCCGAGGUCCUCCCCAUGAGCCUGCGCAUCUACCUCACCUCGUACACCAACAUGUGCUUCAUCAUCGGACAGUUGAUUGCCGCCGGCACGCUCGCCGGCCUUGUCCACCGCACCGACGAGUGGGGAUACAGGAUUCCUUUCGCCAUCCAGUGGGUCUGGCCUGCCAUCCUCAUCCCCGUGCUUUCGUUCUCGCCCGAGAGCCCGUGGCACUUGGUGCGUAAGGGUCGCUUUGAGGAGGCAGAGCACUCGCUCCGCCGCCUGGUACGCAAGUCGGCCGGCAUCGACGUCACGGCCACACUGGCGACGAUUGUCCACACCAACAACCUCGAGGUUGAGCUCUCCGCCGGCACCAGCUACAUGGACUGCUUCCGUGGUGUCGAGCGCCGCAGGACCAUCAUUGCCAUGGUGGCCUUUGCCGGACAGGUCCUUUCUGGCUCCAGCUUUGCCUACAACUCCACCUACUUCUUCCAGCAGGUCGGUUUGACGACGGACCAGACCUACAACCUCAACGUGGGCGGUACCGGCAUGGCUCUUGUCGGCACCCUCAUCAACUGGUUCUUCCUCAUGCCAUACGUUGGUCGCCGCCGCAUUUACCUCUGGGGCAUGUUCACCAUGUCUCUCAUCCUCUUCAUUAUCGGCAUCCUCAACGUCAAGACUCACGAUUCGACCAUCGGCAUGACCCAGGCUGUUCUCACCCUCGCUUGGACCUUUGUCUUCCAGCUCUCGGCCGGCCAGCUUGGAUGGGCCCUUCCCGCCGAGAUGGGCAGCACCCGCCUUCGCCAGAAGACCGUCUGCCUCGCCCGCAACGCCUACUACAUCAUCAGCGUCAUUGCCGGUGUGCUGCAGCCCUACUUUAUGAACCCCGCUCAGUGGAACCUCAAGGGUUACACCGGCUUCAUCUGGGGCGGCACUGCCUUUGCCACGUUUGUCUGGUGCUUCUUCUUCCUCCCCGAGACCAAGGGCCGCACCUUCGAGGAGCUCGACUGGCUCUUCGCCAAGCGCACGCCCACACGCAAGUUCCGCACCACCGAGGUCGAUGUCUUUGACCACGAGCAGCGCAACACCCUCGCGGUCGCCACGCCACACACUGUCUAA